AGUCUAAAGCUUUUGGAACUAUGAAAGAUGGAUUUCUAGGCAUUGAUCUGAGCACACAACAGAUAAAAGCAGUAAUAAUUGAUCAAAAUGGAAAAGUAGUUCAUACUACAGCAAUCAAUUUUUCAACUCACGAGAAACUGAAAAAAUUUGGAACAGAAAAUGGUGUACAUAAAAACGGGUCUGUUAUCACUUCACCUGUAAUCAUGUGGAUUGAAGCCAUUGAUAUUUUAUUCAAUGAUCUUAGAGAAAAUGGAUGGACAGAUAAACUGAGAGGAAUAUCAGGAUGUGCACAACAACAUGGUACUGUAUAUUGGAAGAAUGGAGCAGAGAACAGCCUGAAGGGUCUGGAUGAGAGCAGGAGUUUAGCUGAACAAUUGGAGAUGUGUUUUUCUGUACAAAAAAGCCCGAUUUGGAUGGAUUCAAGCACUGAAAAACAAUGCCAGGAACUGGAAACGUUUGUCGGAGGGGAUCAAGAAAUGGCUAAACUAACUGGAAGUAGAGCUCAUCAUAGAUUCAGUGCAGCUCAGAUUAAGAAAAUUGUGGACGAGAAACAAGACGUUUGGAAGGAUACGGAAAAAGUAUCCUUGAUAUCAUCAUUCUUCGCAUCCCUUCUAAUUGGAAAAUAUGCACUAAUUGAAUUGACUGAUGGAAGUGGAAUGAACCUUAUGAAUAUUAAGACCGAAAACUGGCACAAACCACUUUUUGAUUUUAUAUCGUCAGAUCUUGAAUCUAAACUUGGAACACUUGUACAUCCAAUGACUUCUACUGGACAUGUUCAUUCUUAUUGGACUCGUAGAUUUGGGAUUCCAUCGGAUUGUACAGUUCUACCGUUUCUCGGGGAUAAUCCUUCUUCCCUGGCAGGGUUAUCUCUACUUCCAACGGAUAUAGGAAUUUCUCUUGGUACAAGUGACACCGUCUUCUUUUUCACACCAACUUUUGAGCCAAAUAUUGAUGCUCACGUCUUCUCACAUUUUGCUCCAAACAGUGGUUAUAUGGCAAUGGUUUGUUUCAAAAACGGCUCACUAACCCGAGAAAGAGCUCGUAACCUGAACAAUAGUUCGUGGGACAAAUGGGAUAAAAUAAUGAAGAAAACUCCAGCUGGAAAUGAUAAUUAUAUUGGUUUUUUCUUCGAUGAAGAUGAGAUUGUACCCAGAAAACCAAAAGGAGAUUAUACUUUUGAGUGUUCUGAGGAAGAAUUGAAAAAUAAACAUCCAGAGAAAUUUGCGCGAGCAGUAUUUGAAAGUCAAUGUCUUUUUAAACUUCUUUACACUCAAAAAAUGGGAUUUAAGAAAUCCGAUUGUAGUCGAAUUUUGGUAACUGGAGGAGCAUCUCGUAAUACAGUUUUAUUACAAAUUUUGUCUGAUGUCUUUGAAAUGCCAGUCUGCACAAUUGAUGUUGAUGGUUCAGCAGCUCUUGGUGGAGCUAUGAGAUCUAGAUAUGUACACUCUAAAACUACGAAAACAUAUUCCCAAUAUUAUCCAUGUGACAAUGUAUCACUUGCCUGCCAACCUAUUUCUGCCAACGUGGAAGUCUACAGUAACCUAUUCAAGACGUUCAAAAGUCGUUUCGACGAGUUCAUCAAACAAUAGACAUUUUCAUGGAAUUCAACAGGAAAUAAAAUAUACUAAUAUAAUUAUAAAUGCAAUAAAAAAUAACUAACC